AUGACUGUCACUCCUGUCAUCCCGCAAACAGAAGAAACCCGGGACCCGGAAGCGAGAACCAGGCCUCAGCCAUGUCUCCGAGAUGGCAACAAUGACAGUAAUCAAGAUGACUACACCAAUGGUGGCUACAAUAAUAUGGAUAUUGAUGAAGAUGAUGAAGAUGUGGACUUUGACCCAGAGCUGGAUCCAGAACGGAAGAAGAUGAUAGAAAAAAAAGAGCUGGACAGCUUGAAGCUGUGCGAGGAGCAGGUCAAGUGUCAGCAGUGUAUGAUAUAUCUCGAAAAAAAAGCUGGCAAAAAACCGACGGUACAGAAUCCCAUCAAGAAUGCGCCGGCUGUCCCAAAUCCCAUCAAACGCUGCAUUCUCCCAGAUGGCAGGGUCGUCAUUCGCAAUGACAGUAACAGGAAUGCUGAUCAUCAACCAGACAGUGCCUUCAAUUUAGCGGCUGGAGAUUCGUCCAUGAGCAAUAAAACUGGUACAAAUGGCGGUCAGCCACCAAUACAAGGCCAGCCAGCUGCAAGAAAUGAAGGAGAUGUGACGAACACUGAUAAUGCAGAGAAACAGAAAGACUUUUGCCGGGAUUUCAUAUGGGGGCAGUGCAACAAGGGUGCACAGUGCAAGUAUCGUCAUGAACUUGUGUUCGAGGUUAUGAAAAAGACUUUGAAGUUCUGUCACGACUUCCAAAAUUCUUCUGGAUGUACCCGGGAGCUCUGUACAUAUUUGCAUGCAAGUAAAGACGAGCAGUGUCUGUUUAAAGCUACAGGGCAGUUGCCACAAGUGUUGCUGCAACGUCACGCAAACAUGUCUGCAGCCUCCGGUGCUGAAACUGUUCCACAGAUUGCAUUGUAUAUACAAGAGAGUUUAGCGGGUCCACCGCCACCACCGCCACCGCCGCCUUUGCCUGUAACCAAUCCUGUGGCUGUAAGCAUUGCUCCACUUGCACCUGGCCCAGUGUACCCUCGACCGCAUAUGACGAUAGCGCCGAUGGCCCCUCGUCCUGCGCCAAUGAUGCCCAUUCAACAGCCUCCUCCACCCCCACCCCCGACAACAGCACCAAGUACUUCUGUUCGACAAAGGGCACCAGUAUUUACAGUUUCAGCACAGCCAGCAUAUCCACCAGCGACCAAUCCAGGAUAUUCGAUGCCCCAGCCGCCUUCACCUGUAAUACCACUAUAUGAUGCUAGUAAACCACCACCACCAUUAAUGGCAAUGCAUAGCCAACAGGCAAGUGGCACAAGUAAAAGGAAACCAGAUGAUGAAACUAUAACAGGUAAAGCAUUUUAG